AUGGGUGCAAGUUGUAAAGAUCAGAAGAAAGCAUUAGCUAUAUGUUUACAAAGAAGUCCAUGCGUCUUGAUAGAAAGAAAUACCCCCAAAGAUUGUUUAACUAAACCAGAAUUAAAACAAGACUUACCAGAAUUAUGUAAAGCUAAUUUACGUGCUUUUAUGGAAUGUAAGCAAGGUAUGUUUGAUAUGAGAAAAAGAAUGAAAGGCAAUGCUCCUUUAUCAACUGGUAAAUAUGAUGAAAUUUAUGAAAAUUUAUCAUCUGGUAAUUUCGAUCCACAAGAAGAAAUGAGAAAAUUGGAAGUUUUAAAUAGAAAUUUAUCAAAACAACAACAAUUGAGAGAAAAACAAGAAAGAGAAAGAUUGAAUGGGAAUGAACAAUAA